UUGUGUUUGCGCAUUAGCUCAGAGGGAGCGGGUUCAGUUCGUCUAAUACACAGGAUAGCGGCACUCAUGGGUACUCACAGAAGCACAGCGGCGAUUUCUAUCAACGUUUAGCACCACUGAAGGUGCGACAUUUAUUCCGGGCACGUACCUGACAGUGGACUGUCCUGAAGCCCCACGGAAUCUCGCACUCUAGUAAGAGUGAGAGAGAGUAGCGCGCGCUGAACGGACCGCAGUGGAAUGUAGCGGGGAUUCCCGGCGCGCGGGGCAAGAGCUGUCAAUCAUUCAUCAACGCCCCAAGAAAACACCUGAGUAGGUGGAGCAUGGCCAGUAGGAGUGGCUGGCUUUACUAUGCCUGAAGGCACGUGUCGAUGGUGUCCAUGGAGACAGAUGGCAGCUUCACUGGGGGCCACGGUUUGUCCCUCUUACAGGCUGAAGAUAGCGUGGGGGCCGGACUCGCUCAGCAGGAGGGGUCGUGGCUUGGCUUCCGGGCUACAGUGAGUGCUGUGCUGCUGCUGGAGCUGCUCCUGGGAGUGGGUGGCAAUCUGACCGUGCUGGUGUUAUACUGUGGUCACUGCAGCCUGUUGGAGUCCGUCAGUCAUGCUGUCACUCUCAGUCUGCACACCCUUGACCUGCUGCUCUGCCUCCUCUGUCUGCCAAUCACUGCCACGCUCCUCAUUCUGGGCGGAGCCUCGGUUCCUCACCACGCCCUUCUCUGCUGUCUUCACGAAUCAGCAGCCAGCUUCGCCAGUGUGGGCACCGCACUUAACCUGCUGCUCAUCAGCUUAGAUCGCUAUGACAUCAGCGUCCGGCCAGCCAAUCGCCUGCUGACGCCUCGAAGAGCCACCAUUUUACUUGUUGGAGUAUGGGCGGUUUCUUUGGCCAUGCCCCUUCUACCAUUCGUGGAGGCAGGGUUUGUUUCGGGGCAACGCGAAGGGGUGUUUAUGCACUCCAAUAGCACUGUGCUUUGCUCAGAGUGGGGAGGAACUCUACAGGCUCAUCUUUUACUACAGGUUCCCGUGUUCCUGUGCUCUCUCGCUGUGAUGCUGUUUACAUACUCUCGAAUUCUUCAGGCACUGCGCAUCCGCAUCGGACGCACACCCAGGUCCCACCGAGACAGCAAACGACCUGUCCAUCGCCUCUGGUUACGCCGUAAAAAGUCAACGAGGUCACCGGAUCACACAACGAGAAACACACCCACCUCCCCACCACCGCUUUCAAAUGGACCACUAAUCGCCUCAGAUACAGUUACAACAGUAACCAUCAACACUGAGACAAACACUCCCUCACUCACUACGCCACUUAGCCCCACCCCUACUGUAUCCGUGAUAACCUCUCCUUUAAACCCCACCCCCACUGCUUCAAUGGUAACCACUCCUUUGAAUCCUGCCCCAUCUGUAUCUGUCAUAAGUUGCCCUCACAUCCCCAGCCCUGCUACAUCAUCAGUGGCCACGCCUCUGAGCCCCAUGCCCACUGUUUCCACAGUAACCACUCAGCUAAGCCCCGCCCCUGUUCAGGGUCAGCCCAGUAUGGGCGUGGGAGCGUCAGUAUCGGCCAUUUUGGCUCUGCGUCGAGCAGUUCGGCGCCACCGAGAUCGGCGGGAGCGCCAAAGGCGUGUUUUUCGCAUGUCUGUCAUCAUAAUCCUCUCAUUUCUGCUAUGCUGGGCGCCUCUCUCCAUAAUGCCCCUUCUUAUGCUGGCCAUUGGCCCCUCUGAUUGGCUAGAACGCCUGAGAAUCUGCUUCCUGGUGCUUGCUUAUUGGACGGUAGUGCUACAUCCGCUGCUGUAUGCGUUCACGCGGCAAAAACUGCGUAAAGUUCUGCAUACACGUCUCCGCAGGCUGCGGCCGCAAAACACGCAGACUCGAAUUCACGCUAAUACCAGGAUCCGCCACAAGCACAGGGCAGUUUGCAGUGAUGCUACUAACCGCUGCCUGACAGAGGCUGUUAGAGAGUGAGUGUUUGUGACUUAUAACUAGGCUCACACGGAAU